AUCUUUUAUCUCACUAAGCUUUAUGAUAUUUUUUCAAGCAAUAUUUGCAAUAGCUAUUCGCAUCAUUUGUCUAAUCUUGUCUUUUUUCAUUUUAUUUUCUGCAGGAAAAAUGUGGAAAAGAAAGCUCUAUUUGAUCAUCUGGAUUCAAUUUUUCUUGCUCUAGAUGAAAUCAUUGACGACGGGAUUGUUCUUGAAGCAGACCCAAAUGCUGUUGCACAAAGAGUUUCACUGAGAGGGGAUGAUGUACCAAUUACUGAACAGACCAUGUCACAGGUCAUCAGCAGCAAGUUGGAUGUGCUACAGUCAGCCAAGGAUCAACUGAAGUGGUCAUUACUAAAGUAACAUAAAACCAUCUUCUCGCCAUCUCUUGUAAAAAUGUAUCAUCAUGAGAAAUUCAUGAUGUUAGUCUAAUAUUCAUAAUGUAAAUAUAGAUAGGAUGAUGUUAACCCAAGUCAAGUUUACUCUGACAUGAUGCUGAUUGAACAAAGAUAUUCAAAUAUGAACUAGCAGAACAGUAUGAAUUCCAUCAUUUUGGCCAAAUUUUAGUGUCAAGCAUUAUUUCAUUGAACAGAAAUGAUAUACAGAGCCUACAUUAGGCUGUAUGGAAAUGAGUGAGAUGGUGAUGUCAUAUAUUCAUUUUUUUUCAUUAGGUAUUUUAUAAUUUGAAAUCCCAAAUAUUCACUUUCAUCAGAGAUGUUAACAAAAAUUGUUCAUUGUUUCAUAUGAGCACUUAAUGCAUCCAGCGAGAAUUUAAAAGUAUGUUUCACAUUCUGUGAUCAGAGGGUUCAAAAUUUGAUGGAAAACAUAAGGAAAACCAGGUUUGUAACAUAGGUUUACGAAUUAACAUACAUCAUUUACUGUUGCAUGAAAAUUGCAAACUUAGAACUCCGUAUUUUGUUAUUUAUUAAAUAUCAUUUUAAUGGAAUUUGUACUGCUUCGCUUGAUGAGUUUUAACCUAUUAAAACCGGCAUGAUAUCAGAGUAUAUUUGGUCUGUAAUAAUUGAUGCAUGUAUGUAGGUGUGGAAUGUUUAUACACUCUGCCAUCUUUGUAUACUGGAGUUAAUAUUGUAUAUCAAAGCCUUAGAUAAACAAACCAGGAUGAAUAGUCAUUCCAUUACCUCUUUAGAAUGUAAAUUGUCAAUAUAUAUUUAUCUUCAGUUUGGAGCUGUAUACAAUGACUGUAUGUAGAUACAACAUUUAUUCCAGUUAGUAUCCAACAAAAGUAGUAAAAGACAGACACAGUUUUACUUUAUUUUCUUUGCCAUUUUGUUGUUGAAAUCUUCACAAAUUUUUAUUAAUUUAGUAUAAUUUCAUUCUCUCGUUUUAGAUAUUGUAAUAUUGUAUGUGAGUUAUGCUUGUUACCCAAAAUUAUCUGUGAAUAUUUGUGUCAAAAGAGAUAAAAGAAAACAUAGAUAAAUCAUUUGCUAAAUUUAUGUAACUAUGUAUGUUUAUUUUUUAAAUGAUUUGUCAAAAUAAUAUCAGAUCUUCAACCAUAUUGGUCUGUUCUGUUUUUAAUGUAGUAAAAGCCAUUUCCCCACAUUUGUUGUUCUUGUAGAAGCUUGGUGAUGAGAUCCAGCAGUACACCAUACUGGCCUUGAUGAUAGAAUAUCAUAGCCAUUGGAUUUGCAAUAUUCGUGGUAAUUUCUGUAUUGUGAAUAGUUCAGAUAAUUUAUUUUCAAGCAUCAUUAUGUGAAUGUCUGCACCAGCAGUUGUGUCCGAACAAGCAUGAAUGUAUUUUGUGUAUGUUACACAGUGCUGCAGACAGAACAGAUUUCAGACAUGAUUGUAAAUGACUGAAGGAGUCAUGCUUGCUAGUUAAGCUUAAUCAGUUUUGAGAAGUUAUCACAAUAUGUUGUGUCAACAUAAAGAGUACUAUGGACAAACUUUCUGAUCUUAUACACAUCCUGAAGCCAUGGAUAAAUGAAGUAAUUUAUUAUACUUGAGAUCAUCUGAGAAUUUUGAUUUGUUGCUAUAUGAAACAAAUUAUGCAUGAUUUCAUGUAUUUAUUAGUUGAUUUAAUGUCCAUAAAGUGAAUAUUUGAAGUAUUUUUAUAUAGAUUUUUUUGGGUAUGAUCCAUUAUGUUAUGUUCGUUCUGUCAGAAUUAUGAAACCAUUGAUAUUUCUCAAAGAUAUCUCUCAUUAAAGUACAUGCAUUUUGAAUGUAUAGC